UUUACAAUAAAGGUCUGAAGACGUAACCAAUCUCUGCAACUCACUCUGCUACUACAUCUUUAAAACAAACAACAACAAAAAACAUUUUGAAUCCCUUAUUUUGCAAACAAAGUGACCAAGCUGUGUUUAAGGUGUUGUGUUUUAUCCCAACAAGGAGCUAGAUAUUUGAUAUCUAAAUGUUUUAGUUGCAGAAUAGGAGGCAGAUGGAGUGAAUGCACUGACACACGCAUUGGAAACUGUCUCAGGACUUCUGCAGAAGCUAACGGUCGUCAUUUUCUCCACUCUUGGGACUACAGCCAAUGAGCGCCACGGAAAAUGAAUGACUAGAUUGGAUGCUUUGCAAACGUCAGCCAAUAGCGUGUUGAGUAGCAUUGCAGCUAGGUAUUUCAGCUUCCCAAGAAGCAUUUUUUUUCAAAUAUCUAAAAUAUACUCUGCAAAGAAAAUCUACAAAUAGUGACAUUUUCCGUGAAUAAGUAAGAGUUAUGUUCAGAAAAAUCCACAAAUACCAAACUGCGAAUAAGCAGGCGUAAAAUGUACAUACUUUUUUCACCCAAAAAUGUAUCCUCCUUCUGGACAGUUUUAUUGUCUUUGACGAUGCUUGUCUCUGUAAAUAAUUCUGAAUUUAAAUCUGCUAGAGGUAUGAAGAACUUUAAACAUAACCGUAGGUACACAUCAACUUCAAGGUUUUCAGGGCUGGUCCACAUGAAAACUGUUUUACCAAAACAAUGUUACAUCAUCAAUGUAACAACUUAUCAUUUCUAUAAAGUUCUUUGUAAACAAGAACAAUAGAAAGUUUUGUUCUAUCUGACCAAACCACGUUCCAAGCCACAAUGUUUUGGGAGAUUUUAACCAUGCAUGCCUGAUACGCUGACGAUAGUCUCCAUUUUGCCGUUGUGCCUAUGAAUGGUGUGUCAUUUUUUUACUACAUUACCUUUACUGUUAUUGUACCCUGUUGCAUAUACACCAGCUUCUUGACCUUAAAAAAAAUUGCUAGUUGAAUAAUAAGGCCUAUGUCACCAUAAUGUUGAGUUCUGAAGUGAUUUACAUCGUGUGUGUAGACGUUUUACCACAUAGUUCUUAUUAAAUAAAAAGACAAGAGUUUCAUGGGAUGUGGAUUGAGUUUUAAUCCACCUAAACCUGGUAAACAACAGCAUAGUAAGGUCUUAUUAAAUCCUUGUUUACUCUCGACUCUGUAACUGUAAUGUCUUGGUUUCCGAUCGCCUCAAGUCCAGCUGAGGCCUAGCAAGUGUUCCAGGGUAAAACUAACGUUCAAUUCAGAGGAACUGAAUCGGGUUUAGGUGUACGAUUGCGAUAAGGCCUCGGCUAUACUCUCUCAGACUGUAUCAGCGCUCAGAGCCUAAAAUCCCUGCUGACUGGAUGUCUGGUGGAGAGGGUGCAGACAGCCGACACUAAUCCGGCCUCUCCAACACAGAAACAAACACGCUGCGUACACACACAGCGGAGUCCUGUGUGAUACGCAGGCGAUUCGUCGUGUGAUGUUGGGGGUUGAUAUGAGAGGAUACAAUUAUGUGAACUGUUCGGCUUCUCUGUGUGCGUGCGUGUGUGUGUGUGUGUUUUAACUGAUGGGAUUGUUUGAUGCUGGAAAAAAAAACACUUGUCGUUCAAAUUAAUAUGGAGGUUCUUUUAAAUUGGAUUAAUAGCAGUCAGAUUACACAGUCUAGACUAAAUCUACAGGAAAUAUUCAUGUGCUGUACAUUUGGGAUUUGCAUUUUUUUUUUUAUGAGGCAUUAGUUAGAGGUCAACUCUGAGUGACCUCAUGAUUGCAGAGUACGUUCUCAAAAAUUGGCCAUCUCUUUUAGGGAAUCUGUUGCAAACAAGUGCUUUUAAAAAAACAUUUUUUUUUUACAAAAACACACCACAGGGGGGAGGGAGAAAAAAAAAUCUAUUUUGGUUGUUUAUGUUUUUGGAUGGGAGCCAUGUUAGAUGUUUAUCUGCCUUUAAACACAUGAGCAGAGCCAACAAGGAAGAUGUGCUUGUGCUGCAGACAGACAGACAGGAAACAGACACAGUGGAUGCUGCUGCUGCUGCUCUGGUAACCCCUCACCUACAUCAUCCUCUUGUGCACAGCGCGCCGUGCCGCGGGCUGAUAUCUCUGCGCUCUGCCCAGCUGUCACCUCCGGCAUUGGUCCACCGAGCAGACACACGUAGGCACGUAUCCGACCAACCCCCUUUUUCCUCCGGCAGACUGUAGAGCCGGCGAGCGGGCGGCGGGACAAGCCGAGGCAGUGCGAGGCAAGGCAGGCAGCGACGAUCCGCUGCUGCAGCAGCUCGGACCGGGACGGCCAGGACCGAGGUCGGGGAAAGUGUCUUGUCUGAAGCCAAGUGUGACGUUGUGCUGAGUCCCCCCUCACCGUGUGCAGCAGCACCAUGGCAGCUAUGGGACCAGAGAGCGGUGGUGGGACGGGGCCGGGCGGGACGGCGGCCUGCCGGGUGGGACAGCAGGACGGUGCGUCAGCAGAGCUCAACCAGCAGACUCCGCUGCACACCCCGGGCGGCAUCAAGGCUGAGAAGGCGUUCGGCCAUCAUCACAGGACCAAGACGUCAGGCUGGGGUAACUUCGCCGCUCCGCUGCAGAACGUGGGCGCCGCCACGCACCUCAGCAGCGUGCCGCCCAGAGGCGACGCUCCGUACAGCUUCCGGAGCCCGGAGUCUGUGGAGAUGGACGAGAUAAUGGCCGCCAUGGUUCUGACCAGCUUGUCCUGCAGCCCGGUGGUGCAGAACCCUCCACAGACGGAUCCGGGUCCAGCUGGCUCGUCCUCGUCCGUCGACAUGGAGAGCGGCGGAGGCGAGCUCUCCGACAGCGGCAGCAGCGGCUACUGGAGCUGGGACCACGGCAACGGGAGCCCCGCCCCGUCGCCGUCCGUCACCGAGGUGGACAGCAGCCCCGAUGAAGGCCUGCACAUGGAGCUGGAGCAGGGCGAGGAGCUCACCGCCAAAAAGCCAAAGAGCUCCCUGCGAAGUGUGUACAAGUGUCUGUGGCCCAGUUGUGGCAAAGUGCUGACGUCUUCUGUUGGAAUAAAGAGACACAUCCGUGUGAUGCACCUGGGCAGUGGAUCCGAUCAGACCCAGAGAGAGGAGGACUUCUACUACGCCAAGAUCUGCUGUGAGACCAUCGAGGCCGGUUCCGGUUCCGCCGCCGGUCCGGCCCAGCAGACUCCGGGCCAGGCCUCUGCUGCUCUCCUCAGCUGGGCUUCGUGCGGGUCUCCGCCGGGAUCCGAGGUCCAGAUCCCAGCGGCUCACAGGCCCAGGUCCAACUCCAGCUCGUUGCCAGGGCCGACCAGGCCCAGUCCGCUCAGCCAGUCGGCCCCCAGCAGCUUCUGGCAGAUCCACACGGAGCAUCUGUAUCAGGCCUGCAGCCCUGUUCAGGUAUCUAUGGCCCCAAGAAGCCCGUGCAGUCAGGGCUGGGCCCCCUCUGGCUCGGUACCCAGCCACAGCAACGCUGCGAUGGUGAAACCUCGCUGCCGCUCAGUCAGCGUCGGGGAACAGUGGCUGCAGCAGAACAGGCUGCAGCCAAUGAGCGCGUCUCCCUCCCGCAACCACUGCUCCUUCAGCGAUCGGUCCGUGUCUCGCUCCAGGAAGGGCCGUGGGGAGGCCAAGAAGUGCCGCAAGGUGUACGGCGUGGAGCGCAAGGACCAGUGGUGCACCGCCUGCCGCUGGAAAAAGGCCUGCCAGCGCUUCCCCGACUAGAGAACGAGCCGGACGUGUGCGAACAGAGACAUUUAUCGAAAAGAGAAUACAAGAAUAGAAAUCAAGAAAAGCAAAAUUCUUUGUGUUUUCUUCUUUCUUUUAUUUUUUUUUGUUUACUUUUGUUUCUUUCCUAAAAGGAAUGAAGAUGGACUCUUUGUGUAUCUUUGUAUCUCGAUCCUGAAACCUGAAGUAUGCGAUGGUGCUGUUGACUGACUUUGACCAUGUGAUGUGCUAAGCCCUCUCUUCCUUUUUUUUUUUUUUGUUAAAUCCAAAGCUCAUAUUGCCGCCCUCCGUAGCUCCGCCGUAUCCCCAAACCGCUACCUGGCUGUCUCCUUUCUUCCAGUCUUUCUCUUCCAGUUGUUACACAGUGGUUAUGAUGUACAUUAUAUUGUGUGCUCUGAUGUUCCGUACGAACAUUUUAUACCUUUUUUUUGUCUUUUUUUUUAUAUAUAUUAUUGUCUUGUCUAGCCUGUGUAAUGGGCUGACUGAUGUUUUUUUUUUUUUUAAAUGUUUUUUGGCACUUUGUUGGAAUAUUAACUCACAAGAAUAAGCUACAUUUGGUUCGACUCAACCAAGUUCCUUCCAUGAGGCUGAAUUCCUUUCUGCCCAGGCGUCGGCACACAGACCCAGUGUUAAUGGUUUUAUCAGUUGAAGGUAUGUUUGGAAUCGUCACGGCAGCGGGAAUUUGAGGAAUGAGUUUGUACUAGAGGAAAUAUAUUGUCAAACACAAUAAAAAAAAGCACUGAGAAUUCUGA